UCCACAUCCUAAAUAAAAUUAAGAAAACAAAAAUAAAAAUAGAAAUUCGAAGCAUAAUAAUAACGACAAUGUGUAAGAGAGAGAAGCACUGAGAGUGGGACUCGAAGACUUUUCUGAGCUCCAAAUCAACCAACACGAACUCAAAUCUCUGAGUUUCCUUAGUCAACUUUGCAACGAAGGUAAUCUGUUUUUGGUUAAUUGAUCAUGGGUGAGGAAGACAUGGUGGCCAAUGACACUGAAAUAGUGGCAAAUGGGACUAGCCAGUUAGAGAAGACCAGCAGAGAUGCGACUGAGAAAAAAGGGGAUGGAAAGGUUGAGGUAAAAGAAAUGGACGUAGAUAAGAAAGGUGAUGAGAUCGAUGAAGUGGAGAAAAUGGAUGGAGACCAAGAGACCAAUGGAAGCAAAGAUGAAAAAGUAAAAGACAAAGCUGAGGUACCCAAACUUGAGGAAUUGAAAGAGGAAACUGAUCCAGAUGAAGUUAAAAAAGAUGACGAGAAUGCACAAGUUGAGAAAAUGGACAAAGACCUAGAGGCUGAUGGAGGCAAAGGUGAAAAGGUGAAAGAAGGAAUAGAGGAACUCAAAGUUGAGGAAAAGGAAGAAGAAACUGCUCCAAAUGAAAAAGAGGAGACUGAAGAAAAGAAGGAAAUUGAAGUGGAAGAAGAGAAGGUUGAUGGGCUUUCGGUGGAGGAAGAGAAGGAAAAAGUGAAGGUUGAAGAGAAGGAAGAAGAGAAAGAAGAGAUAGUAGAAGAUAAGGAAGAAGAGAUGGAAGAAGAGAAGGAAGAAGAAGCUAAGGUGGAGAAAGGGCCAAGGAAGCGUGCAAAAGGAAAGAGUACAGAGAAAACCAUAGAGAAGAAAAAGAAAGUUGCUGAAAAGAAGGAGCCUGAGCCAAGAACUCCAGCUACAGAUCGGCCUGUUCGUGAGCGGAAAUCAGUUGAAAGGCUGGUGGAAGCUAUUGAAAAAGAUAAUGCCAAGGAAUUCCAUAUAGAGAAGGGACGCGGUACACCAUUGAAAGACAUACCUAAUGUGGCUUUCAAGUUGUCAAGAAGGAAAAUCGAUGAUAACAUAAAAUUACUUCAUACUAUUCUUUUUGGAAGGAGAGGAAAGGCACUUGAGGUCAAGAGUAAUAUAUCCAGAUUUUCUGGUUUUGUGUGGCGUGGAAAUGAGGACAAGCAAAACGCUAAAGUAAAAGAAAAAUUUGACAAGUGUAAUAAAGAGAAGUUACUGGACUUCUGUGAUCUGCUCAACGUAUCAGUUUCCAAAGCUACUACUAGGAAGGAGGAUAUAGUUGCAAGGCUCAUUGAAUUUUUGGUGGCUCCUCAUGCUACAACUGAUGUGCUCCUCGCAGAAAAAGAGACGCCAACUAAGGGCAACAAGCGCAAGAGGGCAACUAAAGGAAGUCCUUCAACAUCUGGGGGCACAAGCUCAAAGCGCUCAGCAAAGAAUCAUAGAAAGAAUGAUGAUGAUUCAAAAAUGGAGGACAAGAGUACACCAGAUACAGAAGAUGAGUCAGAGGAAGAUGUGAAAGCCGAAGAAGAAGAAGAAGAUGCUGAGGACGAAAAUGAAAAUGGUGUACCAGAGAAGUCAGAGGAUGUGAUGCCUGAGCGUUCAGAAAGUGAGGAGAAACAUAAUUCUUCCGAUGAUUCUGAGGCAGAAGCGAUAAAAAAGAAGCCACGAUCAAAAUCAUCAUCCAGAAAGAAGGAAUCUUCUGAAAAAGUUAAAACCAAAAAAUCCAGAGUUUCUGUUAAAUCUACUCCGCCACCUAGUAAAAGACUAAAGAAAUCAUCAACAAAACGCACUCCAGUUGAUGAUGACAGUGAUACAAGUCCAAAGGCAUCGUCAAGGAAGAAGAAAAAUGAGAAGGUGUCCAAAGAAUCUACUCCAAAAAAAUCUGCCUCAACGGAAAAAACUGGGAAAAAAGUUGCUAAAGGGAAGGACAAGACCAAGGAGGGAAAAUUGAGGCCAACUGAUGACAAUUUGAGAGAUGCAAUAUGUCAAAUUCUCAAAGAAGUUGACUUCAAUACGGCUACUUUCACCGACAUUCUGAAGCUACUUGCCGGGCAAUUCCAUGCAGAUCUCAGCUUAAGAAAGUCAGCCAUAAAGCUCAUGAUCCAGGAAGAGCUUACUAAAUUAGCUGAUGAGGCAGAUGAAGAAGACGAAGAAGAAGGGGAUCCAGAGAAAGACGAAACCCGGACUGCUAAGGAAGAGGAGGUCGAAGUCUGACCAAUGAGAGGGAAUGCGACUGCAUGGACAUAGUAAUAGCUAUUUAUGUCCCUUUGUUUUUUGCUUUUUUGACUUAAUGUUAAUGCUGCAUGUACUACUUAGUCUGUCAUCGUUAGUGCUCUGCUUGCUGGCAAGUAAACUAGUAAAUUUAAAUGUUAAACCAGCGGAUGUUAAAUUAAGUUGUGCUGCAGGAUUGCAGCUUGUUAUGUACACGUUCACAUAAUCCAUAGGAGUUUUACUGUCUAAUAUAACCGAACUUUUUGCUUGAUAA